UGCCAGGCAACCCACGCACGGGCCGAUGACGUGUAUCCCGCGGGAGCCGGCUCAGCCCUGUCACUUCCUGGUUGAGGUUCGGGAGCCGCACAGUCCUCACCAUGUCCCACCAGACCGGCAUCCAGGCGGGAGAAAAUGUUCAAGAAACCUUUGCCAAAGCUAGAAAUGGAAAAUACAGGCUGUUGAAACUGGACAUUGAGGAUGAGGAACUGAUAGUGAGUGUCAGUGAGAAGCCAGAAAGUUCAUGGGAAAGAGAUUAUGACAACUUUAUUUUACCACUGUUAGAAGAUAAGCAGCCCUGUUAUAUUUUAUAUCGGCUGGAUUCUCAGAAUGCCCAGGGCUAUGAGUGGAUCUUCAUUGCCUGGUCUCCAGACUACUCUCAUGUACGACAAAAGAUGUUGUAUGCCGCAACUAGGGCAACUGUAAAGAAGGAAUUUGGUGGUGGCCACAUAAGAGAUGAAAUUUUUGGAACAACUAAGGAGGAUGUGUCACUUAGUGGGUACCAUAAGUACUUGGUCUGUAGAUCAGCUCCUGCUCCUCUUACUGCAUCAGAAGAGGAACUGCGGCAAAUAAAGCUGAAAGAGACUCAGACCGACGUUUCGGUAGACACUAAACGCCAGACUCUUCAAGGAGUUGCAUUUCCUGUAGAUAGAGAUGCAUUCCUGGCACUGGAUCAAUUGAAGAAUAAGAAACUUAACUAUGUUCAGUUGCAAAUUGAUAUAAAAAAUGAAAUCAUUGUCUUGGCAAGCACUGCGUACACAGAAGUGAAAGACUUGCCAGCAAGGAUUCCAACAGACGCUGCACGCUACCACUUCUUCCUUUAUAAGCAUUCCCAUGAAGGGGAUUACUUGGAUUCUAUAGUGUUUAUUUAUUCGAUGCCUGGGUAUAACUGCAGUAUACGAGAGCGGAUGCUUUAUUCCAGCUGCAAGAUUCCACUAUUAGAUGUCAUUGAAAGACAACUAAUGAUGGAAGUUGCCAAAAAGAUUGAAAUAGACAAUGGAGAUGAACUGACUUCAGAUUUUCUCUAUGAUGAAGUUCACCCAAAGCAGCAUGCACACAAGCAAAAUUUUGCAAAGCCCAAAGGUCCAGCAGGAAAGAGGGGCAUCAGACGGCUCAUCAGGGGUCCUGCAGAAGCUGAAAAAGCCAAUGACUAGAACAAUGCAGCUCAUGUGUGCAAUAGUGAAACAAUCCAUCCCAGGGUUCACCUAUGCACACAAUAAGUGUUUUCAGUUUGUCAUUCCUCCACUCCUAGUCACUUUCUCUCCUGUCCUGAAGUAUUUUUAUGGCUUGUCCAGUGUUAAGUACACUUGUCCAUUAAAAACAAAACUGGCCACCACCAAAAGAAGUAGGAGCAUUAGACGUUUGUGGUAUGCACAAAAUAAUGGUAAAUUGAAACUAUUACUAAUAUAUAUGUAUAUACGACAAUUAUGUGUUCUGUAAGAUGAAAAGAUCUACUCAUUUAGUUAAGAGUAGAUUGUGCACUAGACAACCUAUUUUCCACAUCAAGGUAUGGUUUGUCGUGGGACAGUACCAAGCAACACAUUCAUCCUUUCAGAUUUUUGUAAUAUACUUUCUAAAAAACACUAUAUUUUGCAUUGGUAAUAUCUGAGCAAUAUACAUAUUGCUUGAACCAUAAAUUACACUAAGCAAACACAUGGGCAGCUCCUUUGUGGAUUAUAUGCAUCUAUGUCUCACUGUAACUUGUGUACAGUGUUCUACCUGAAUCUAUAUACCCUAAGAAGGCUGAACCACUGGCACUUACUAAAUCCCUCUCUAGAGAUAUGUAGUGGUUUCUGGACAGAAAUAUACAGACGUCAGUCAUUGUAGAGCAUAUCCAGACCAUUUCUGGAUUGUAAUGACGUAAUUAUUGUAAUUUGCCCACUACACCAGUAAAGGCUCUAAGCUUUCAAUGUCAAAAAGAACUAAUGGCAAUAAAAUGUUUCUUCAGAAGGGAAAUAUUAAUGUUAAUUUACUUGAGUUUAGCAAGUGCUUAUAGUGCUCCUUGUUAUUGGAAGGAAUUGUUCAUUUUCUUUGUAUUUAGGGACAUUUUGUUCUGCUGCAGACUCAUGAGUAAACAUUGUUGCUUUUUGUUUGUAAAUCAGUAAGAUAGAGCAGUCCGGCACUGCGGCAAGCAGGAGGAACAAAGUUCAGGGAUGCUAUAGUAUAUUGCUCAAGAAGUGUGUGGCGGUGCUCUGACACAAAGUAAAGUCAAUAUAUAUUAAAAGCAGCUUCAAGAGGAGAAUAGUCGGCAACUCGCCACUCAACUUCUUUCGUCUUUAUUAUACAAAAUACUCAGUACAUGCAUAGA